AUGAUCCCCAUCGUCGUAGAACUCACCGCAAGACUUAUCGGAGUCGCCGCUGCACCCUUGGUCGUCACUGAAGUCAAUGGGGCACUCGGAUUUGGCGCAACGGGCAUCACUACCGGAACUGCAGCUGAAGGAGUCAUGGACUCUUAUGGCGGAGUCGUCACUAUCGGAUUUGCUUGCGCGAUCUUCCAGUCUGUUGAAGCCGCUGGCCUUGGAGCUUCUGGUGCUGCACUUGUUGUUGUCGUGGGUGGAGCGACUGCAGGUGCCGCUGCCGUAGGCGUGGUCGGUAAAUGUCGCGGCUAUACUUCCUAG